AAGACACGCUAGGGGGUGAGAAGUGUAGAGAGAGGAGCACAGGGAGUGAGCAUGAUGUUUCUACAGCAGCUCUUCAUCGUCGCUCUCCCUGCUGUCCUUUGCUACCCUCCUUCAUUUAUUGACCUGGAAACCAAAGAUGGUAAUCGAUCAUCCAUCCGGUUCCUGGUGGUCGGGGACUGGGGUGGCCUGCCCAAUGCGCCCUUUAUCACCCCGAUAGAACGGGCCACUGCCCGAGAGAUGGGCCGCACCGCAGAUCAGCUGGGCGCAGACUUUGUUUUAGCCCUUGGUGACAACUUUUAUUACAAAGGAGUGAAGAGUGUGGAUGACCCUCGUUUCCAGGAAACAUUUGAGAAUGUCUACACUGCGAAAUCUCUUAACAUUCCAUGGUUUGUUGUUGCUGGCAACCACGACCAUGCAGGAAAUGUCCUCGCACAGAUCGAGUACAGCAAGGUGUCUCCAAGAUGGAAUUUCCCAUACUAUUACUAUGAACUGAACUUCCGCAUCCCAAAGAUGGACAGCACCCUCACCAUCCUAAUGCUGGACACGGUGCUACUGUGUGGAAACACAGAUGAUUUUCUGGACCAGAAGCCACAAGGGCCACGCAGCAGUGUCCAGGCUAACCGUCAACUGUUGUGGCUGCAGGAACGCAUGGCCCGUUCCAAGUCAGACUUCCUGUUGGUGGCAGGACAUUAUCCUGUCUGGUCCAUCUCCGAGCAUGGCCCCACAGACUGCCUGCUGAAGAGGCUACGCCCUCUGCUGGUGAAGUACAAGGCUACAGCCUACUUGUGUGGCCAUGACCACAACCUGCAGUACCUGAAGGAGUCUGGUAUUGGCUAUGUUGUGACCGGCGCUGGGAACUUCAUGGAUCCGGACAUUAGGCACCGCAAUGAUGUUCCUAAAAACUCCCUCAGGUUCUUCACUGGCAAGGCCUCUACCCUGGGUGGUUUUACACACAUGGAGGUGAACAAGAAGAAGCUGACUAUAACAUUUAUUCAGGCCAGAGGAACCUCCCUCUACAGGGCUGUUCUUCCCAAACGGGAUCUCUGAACCGGAGACUGAUCCUGCUCUGCUGUGGAGAACUUCCUUUUUAAAGACUUGAGAUUAGGGGCAGUGUGUGACUGUAGUGUAGACUCUCAAGUGAUUUCAAUGUGAUUCUAUUAUAUAGAAGCUUUAAAUCUGGUUUUGAAUUGUUUAGGUUUACAUUUUACAUGCUUUGAGCAAUAAAUGUUUAAAGAAAUA